AGAAAUGGAAUUUUCACUACGGAAGGGAGCGAGAGAACAAGAUAAUCGACCUCAGUCCACAGCAUCAAACGAUUGGAGAGGGCAGACAUGAUGAAACAAGACAUAACCCAGUGUUUAUCAAUGAACCUAACCUAACCUAACACUCGAAUUAAAUAGUUGGAAACACGUUGAAAUUAGGGCUGCGUACCAUAGAGUAAGUAAAAUAAUUCUACUAUCUCUAUGCUGCUUACUGCAGGAAGCGGUCACAUUAAUCCGACCUUUCUCGUGCAAGCACUCGCCCCUGUUCCUGUUACAAGAGCGUGGCGGAUUGAGAACGAAGCAAUCGCAUUUUCGGUCGAGUAAACCAUGGGGAAAUUCAUAGAAACAAAGCUUUCCGAGCGAAACGUGAAAAUCGCGAAACGCCGGCCGGCAAAUCUGGGCGGAAAAACCAUCGGCAAAGCCCUGCCGCGACGUCGCAAAAUAGACCAAAACACUGAAGGGCCAGCCACCGAAAAAGUGUCCAGCGCGGAUUUCCAGGACUUGAGUUACGAAGUGGGCACCAAUCCCGUUUCAGGGCGCAAAUGCCUAAGACUAAUCAACCCUGGCCGCGAUCUGUUCGCAGCCGAUGACUUAAAAGCUAGUUAUUGGCAGUUCACACGGCACAACCUGAUCUGCAUCCUGUUUGAGGAAAUCGCCUUGGAGGGCCUGGACGGGAUCACCCUACAAGCGCUUUGGAAACGAAUAGAAAAUGUGCUCAAAUUCCAGCUCAACUAUCAGGCUUUAAAGGAGGCCAUUUGGCGAAUAGUGUGCCUCGACAGCAAAGUGCAGUUCUACGAACUACCGGAGGAACGACAGAACCUGGAUUUGCCUUGGACAGACCCCACAGACGACAGCAAUUUCUUUACCGAUCCACGCAACUGUGGAAACGACCCAUACACGGUGGAAGUUCCUGCAAAGGAAUACGGCGAAUGGGGCUCAUGUUCCACGUUAAAACACCGACGGAAUGUGAGUGAGGCCGCGCGCCAGAUGAGCCUAAGUGAAGCCUUCGGGACGUACAAAAACAAGCUGGUUUUAGUGGCCGAUGAGGACCUGAGGAGGAGCAUUCUCUAUGAAGAUAUGUGCGAUCCCAACUGUGAACUGAUGCCAAUAGAGUAUUGCAUAUUGGAGCGGAUUGGCAGGGCGAGGGAGCUGGGAGAAAUGAGCGCCGGCACCACAGCACUGUCCACCUGUUUCGGCAUGGACCAAAAAAGCAUUCAUCACUACAUCAAAAAGCUCAACAAGCAGAACCUGGUCACAAGGCAAAUUUGCUUGUUUUCCGUAGAUUGCGAACAUUCAAGAAUGGGCAGGCUGAUCCAGUUGCGGCGCUUCCAUAGCAAGAAGAAAUCCAAGCAGCAAAUCAUGAUCGAACGGGCGGUGAAUUAUCUGAAGAAAUGUGCCGACUUUAAGACACCGUAUGCUGACAUUAAGAGUCUGUUCGAACCGGGCGAGUUAGUGAAACAGUUCAAACAAACGGAAAUUGACCACUACAUCAACCUCAACUUGACGGUGCCAUAUAAGGAGUACUAUGAGGGCUCAACGUAUCAGGAGUACAUGAUGAAAAAUUUAUCCAAAGAGCGCAUGGUGCAGUUGGCUAAAUUGAGGGAUCCCUAUGUGAACGUUGAGGCCUCGUGGGUGGAUCACCAAAAAGAAGAGUCAUCUGAUGAUGCUGAAGAUGACGAGGAUGACGACGCUGACGAGGGCAAGGGAAAGUCCAAGAACCCAAUGAAAUCGCGACGGAUUUUCAACAAAGACCUCAUUAGGGACGUGUACCAGUACAUAGUGUCGAAAGGCAAGCAUGGCAUUAGUACCUCCGAGUUAAAUGAGGCGUUUGAUAGCGAUUUUUCCUCGAUGAGGACCAUUAUUAAAAAAUUGACCACCCGAAAGCUGAUAGCUGGCCGAAAGAUUGAUGUUGGGCGGAAUACGAUGAACAGGUUUACCGCAACACGUCUAGUGGACGAGGGUCAGCAAGAUUCAAGUCGCCCAAUUUCCAUUCAAACUGGAUCAAGCACUGCGCUGGAAAAACUCAAACAGCGGCAACGUCAGAAGAUACUGAACGAGCCUCAAACGGCGUAUGCAUUUACUGCUGAGGGUUACCUGAAAGCGAUCACCAUCCAUAUUAGCAGUGGCACAGUGAAAAAGACCCAGACGUUCCUUUGCCUGCCGCGGGUCCCCCUCGACCAUCACGUGAUCCAGGAGAACUUGCAGCAUCUGAAGGAAAAAGUGAUCUGCCACCACCCCAAAACGGUCAAGAAACCCGGCACCCAACCGAAAGAAGCCAAAUCUCCAUUCACUCAAGCGGACGUUAUCCAGAGCCUGACGCAGAUCCAACGGCUCAUUCCGCAUGAUACAGUGAAACCCAGCAAAACAUCGGCCCGAUGCUACGGGCGCCGGCCCAAGUUUGCUCGAUUGGCUUUAAUACACGAACUGUUCUAUUAUCUGAUCUUUGAAGAGAGCAGUUCGACGCCUCUAUCCAAGGCGGCUGCUAGGGAUGUGCUGCAUGCAAAUCAGAUCAGACUAAGCGACUCCGAACUGGAGGCGAUUCCUCCGAUGUACUGCAGAGAAAUUUCGUGGAAAACCUUCAUUCACCCCAUGCCGAAACAUUUCGGGUGGGACAAGGGCUGGGGUCUCUUAGGCGACGUGAUAAUGCGCUUCCCCCUAGUGCUGAUCACCCGCUGCUAUUCCGUCAACUUUUACUCGCACGAGCUGCAAGAACUGCUGCAGCAUCCAAUCAAACGGUUUUACACCCUAAAGGACCUGCCGGUUGGCGUGCGCACAAUAAUCCUCUACCGGCGGAAGUUCCUCUACGACAUGAUCAGCCAGCUCCAUCUGCUAUGCUAUUGCGGACUGGUCCAACUCGGCCCCUCAGGGUUCCACGAAAAGGAAAAGAUGUUCUUCUAUAUGAACCGCAAGGCCACCCUAUGGGACACCACCUCAAUCAAGCAGGACUACACGAAAAUCGCCGAGAAGGACUAUCCGAAAAUCCGGUUUGAGUUUCACCGCAUGGACGAUGUGAUGAAGUACUGGUCGACAAUGAAUAACAUAUGCCUUCACACCGAACUGGCGAUAAAAUUGCACGGCAAGGAAGGAUCCACCGCUUUCAUACCCGCCAGGUCCAAGCCCAGUUUGCUGAAAGCCAAAACUGUCCGGACGAAGGCCAACGUUAAAGAGUUCGACACUGGGGAAAUACCGGGCGAUCAUCUCGGGGGCGCCGGUCUGGACUCGUCGCUUUACUCCCACCUGCCCAGAAGUUGGCAUCUUUUCACCAUCAGCAACCAGGACACGGUUCCAGAGUCCCUAAACUCUUUAAAACUUGACAAGACCGUCACCUUGAAGCCGACAAACAAGCACUUUCUAUCGAGGCCCCGCGAGAACAAGCACCUGCCGUUGGCAGGCAAAGGCGGCAAGCAGAAGAAAAGGAAGAAAAUCAACCAGCCGCAGCCGCGAAGAAGCAUCAAGCAAGUCCAAAAAAUCAUUUUCGACAGCGUGGAUCGGGCGGUUAUUCGAAAAUUCGGCGGCAUUCGAUAUAGGCCGCGCUGGACGCAAGAGGAGGACAAACUGCUGAUUCUAUUGAGGAUGGCCAUUUUCUUCCUGACGCCCAGCCCGGUCAACAAGCUCAUCGGCUAUAGAGCUCUGAGGGAUUUGCUGUAUAUAAAGUCGCCGAAAAGCCGCGACAAAACCAGCAGCAACGUUUCCCACCGCUUCACGCUGCUCAAGAAGAGCGUGCCGUUCCUUGCAAACAUUGAACUCAUCAUCCCCAACCUGUACAAGCUGGAGCCGAUCGCCAAGUAUUUUGUGCCGCUUAAGCACUUUCUAAUGCAUGGAGAGGACCCUUCAGGCUUGAACCGCAAGUCCAGAGUCUCCAUCCAGGAGCUGCGGGUGGCCUUUGUGUUCCUCGGCUACUACAUCCUAAACAACCAAAAAGACGUGGAAGUGGCCCUCCACGGGAAAUUCACCAGCAUCGACUACUUCAACAAGACCAACUACGACUUCUACACGCCGCGUCUGGUUGCUUGCGCGAAGAAACCCUUAUAUGUGCAACCCACCAGCGAGGAAGACAUCAAGAAGUACACCCUCACGUCUACCAUCCUGUGCUCGUUGAGCCACAGGAACGACACGCCUGAGUGGUCCGUGCACAACUACAAAGUCUGGCAGCAGUUCACUCAACCCCUGCUGAAAUCCACCCUGACCAACAUGAAAGAGCAUCGGAUGGUGCAGUUUUUUAGAGAGCAGCGCAAGCUCUCUCUGGCUCCAUACCGGCUGUCGCUGCACUUCAUUUUCUCUCAAAGCGCCACCUUCACCCACCACACAAUGGACGAGGCCUUUGCAGCCUUCAUUCAACUGAAGAACAAUUCUUCUGGCACAGGGGCGGAGAACGAGUGCGGCCACCUGUUCGGCUUCAACGAGGUGUUGUCCAUCAGCGCAAGCACGGCGCGAAUGGAGUUCAACUUUCCCGAGCACCACUUCGUUCUGAAUCCCGAUCUGGAGGACCAUUCGGAGGUGAUCGAGGAGCUGGCCAAGCGAUACCAGGCGAAGCUCAAAGGUGAGCUCAAGGAGGCUGAAGCUCUCAUUGAGUCGGGCGCAAGGCCUGAAGACGAUGACGAAGUCGACAGUGAAAUGCCAUCGGGGAGUUGUGAAGAACCUGCGCCGGUUCUUCACAACUCCGAUGUUGAGGUGAUAUGCGUUGAUGAUGGGGAGCCCAUGGAUCUUUCCAUCAAUGCGACGAUCAACAACCUGAAGCACUGGAUUUCGGACUGCAUUGAUCUGGACCGCGUGCGGAGCCCCAGUCCGGAAAUCUUCAACUUUUCAAUCAAGCAGGAAGUUGAGCUGGCUGAAAAUGCGCCCGAGCAGCCGGCCAACCCGGACUGCAAAGUCCCGAGCUUAGAGGAAAUCAAACAAGAGAUGCUGAAGCCGUUGGACUCGCAGGAAAAGCGUCUGGUGCCGCACGUUUGCGACUUAACCAAGCUGCUGUCGACCACGUUUGAAGAGAUUGAAACUGACGAUCGAGCCAGCUACCUGAUGAAGAAAUAUUUCGUCCAGCAAUACCCGACUUUGCAAAGUUUCAAGGUGGAUGGCUUGGAGACACUGGCUGCCACCUUGGAGCGCACCUGUUCCAUUGCGGAAAAACUAGAAAGGGACUGGAAAGUUGGCGUGCCGACCAGCAAGGAGGAAUUUGAGGACGUUUUACUGGCACAGGGAAUAGUGGAAAAUGUCGGUGUGGCUUGGGACUUGCUGCGCCACAUUGAAGACGCCAAUGUGCUGGGCGCAACUGGAUUCGCUCUAAAAGAGGCUUUCCCAGAUGAACCGAUUGCUCUAAUCCUCAUCGCUCUAACCGAGCACCAUUACGUGGUGCGAACGGGCAUAUGCGAGGUGACUUUCGUGCACUUCAAGCACCAAGAGGCGUGGCUCACGAAGACUUGCAGCGACUUGCAAGAGGAUGCGAAGACCUCCGACUGCAGCCCAAUACAAGUCAGCGCUCCCAACUGGUUCAAAAUCAAGGCUGCACCUUGGACUGCCAUAGAUGGAACUCUGGAUGCCGCCAUGUUGAAACUCUGGCUCUCCCAAGUCUUUUCCUACUGCAUAGAGAACUCCAAAAUCCCGCUUCGGCAGCUUUGCUGCAAAUUCUGCUACUUGAAACCGGUCGAUGUGUUUUACUUGCUGGAGCUGCUGGAGGAGAUUGGAGCCCUGGAAAUUCGCCGACUAGUGUAUGCAACCGAUUUAUUCUCGGAAGACUUCGAGGAGAUUGAAGACUGCAAAGGAUCGUUCAUGGACCGAUUCGAUGAAAUGUACGUGGAUUCGAAAAAUGUUGGAUUCAUCACGGUGGGCUCGUGCUUUCAAAGCUUGAAGUAGUUGGAAGAAAUCCCGUUAUCCAGAUGAAGAAUCCCGAUAGCAAUUCGAAAAUUCCUUCUUCCAGGGAAUCAAUCGAGAACAAAAGCUUCCCGCCCGUUUUGUACAUACUUAAUUGUUAUUAAACUAGUACAUGUGAAAA